UGUCCACGUACUGCUCCGCAGCACAACAGCAGCAGCACAGCAGUCGGGAACUACCACCUGCUCUUCUACCAUGUCUUCUGCUGCGGUUGCUAUGCUGGCUGACCCGACUGUCCAGGUCGCUCUGGCGUGCCUCGUGGUGUCUCUGCUCGUUGUGAUGCAGUCGUUCAAAAAGUCUAAGGACGAGCAAACAGUGUACCCGGUCAUCGCGGGGAUGGCCAUCGGCAAUCCGCAGUACCGCUGCACGCAGAACGAGGCCCUCGCGGUCGCCUCUAAGUGCCCGGGCCUCGAGUCUAUCAAGCCCGUCCUCGAGCGCAUCUACGGCAACUCGCGCAUCGGCAGCCGCUACUUCGCCGUGCCGGACUUCACCCCCGCCCGGGCGGCCAAGGGUGACCCCCUCUUCUACCCGGCCGACGGCAGCUACCAGGUGCCCGUGGACGUCCGCCUGGACAAGUUCAAGGAGAAGGCCGUCCCGCUCGUGUCCGACGUCGCCCGCCGCGCCAUCAAGGAGGCCGGCCUCAAUGUCGAGGACAUCUCCAAGCUCGUCGUGGUCUCCUCCACCGGAUUCCUCGGCCCCGGCCUCGACUGCGAGCUGAUCAAGAACCUCGGCCUGACGCGCUCCGUUGACCGCACCCUCAUCGGGUUCAUGGGCUGCGCCGCCGCCAUGAACGGCUUCCGAAACGCGAACGACUACGUUACCGCCAACCCCGGCAAGUAUGCGCUGAUGAUCUGCGUCGAGCUGUCCUCGGUGCACACGACGUUCGACGACAACAUCAACGACGCGAUCUUGCACGCCAUCUUUGCCGACGGGUGCGCGGCCGCCGUGCUCAAGGGGGCCAGGAAGUCGGAGUGCCCCAAGGGAACCCUCGCUAUCGUCGACAACCACGCGUGGCUCAUGGAAGGCACCGAAGACGGAAUCACCCUUGCCAUCAAGCCCAACGGUAUCACGUGCACCCUGUCCAAGUUCCUGCCCCAGUACAUCGCCAAGAACAUCGCCUUCUUCGCGGACGGCUUCCUCAAGAAGCACAAGCUCGGACGCGACGACGUCGACUUCUGGUGCGUGCACCCUGGAGGCCGCCGUAUCAUCGAGGAGGCGCAAAACGGCCUUGGCCUCUCGGAGGAGCAGACCGCGGACUCGUGGGCUGUGCUCGGGGAGUACGGAAACAUGCUCUCGCCCUCCGUUAUGUUCGUGCUGUCUAGGGUCUUCAAGCGCCACAACGCCGCGCUCGCACAGGGCAAGCCCGGCUACCAGACGGGAAUGGCGUUCUCCUUCUCGCCGGGUGUUGGGGCAGAGGGUAUCCUUCUCAGGCAGAUCUAGAUUCUUCCGGUGGCCUUUGGCUAAUGGGCGAGGGGUGAGGCGUGGAAACUAGUCGGCUGUGCUUCGGUCCGGUCGGUGGGAAAUAGCCGGCGGGGUUGUUCUUGUGGGAUGACGGGCGCGCGAUACAAAACGAGGUGUUGCACAUCAGCUCACCAGCGUGCAGGGCCUAGGGAACUCGAUAUCGGGGAGCGGCGGCAGCGGCGGCGACCCCGUCUCCAACCCCGUGUCCGUUGCCUUUUGUGUUGGAUUUUGCCUUUGUCGGGUGGUGGCGCUUUGUGUUCGGUCUUCACAUCUGCCGAGAGCAAUCACGCCACUUCGCUUUCGCUCCCUCUUGCUACUAGGGAAAUCCCCUCAACUUGUAUACACGCGGGGUACUGUUGGCGUUUCUUUCUCGAUAAUGACGUGGGCCCGUGAAGUGGUACAUGCGCAACGUACCGCGUGUGCUAGGCCUACAAUACCGUAUCUCAUUACGCAGGACAACUGCUUCCGGUGCACAUGCCAUUUCUCUGGUGGUGUAGGUGUAUGUGUUGCUACGAUUCGCAACACGCUCAGCAACGUUGUUGCAGGUUCAGGAAAAUGUGGAGGUAAUUUUUGUUGGGUGUGUUUUGUUGUAUUGACUCGUUACGCAAGUGGUGCGGGGCGAGGGUUGGGUGAGGGACAAGGCCAGACACUGGCCCCGAUUGUUGAGUUGCUCGUUCGUGUUCGUUUGUUUUGUCCGAUCCCUGUUGGCUGUGCUCCUAGUUUCAGCGGUGCCGCAGCUUUUAUCCGGCACACGCAGGUACGGCAUGUCGGUUGUGGGGAGAUGAGGGCGUCUGUAUGUAUAAACCUGACCCUGUCUGGCUAUGCCAGUUGGGUGUCGCUGUGUACCUGACAAACGAGUCAGUCGGCGUUCACGGUAGUGCAGUUGUUGUUGUGUGCGUCACGCAUCAAGUCACUAGCCAAGCGAGGGCCUGUGUGGUGGUCACCAUUCCGUCUCAUCUCGAGAAAAGAAUGAUUCUCCCGGAACGACAGAAAAAUGCCUCGUUGUGUAACUGAUGUGUGGCCACCCUCGACUUCAGCAGAAUCUUUUGUAACUGCUGUGGCCACUGUUCGUCGGGUGCAAGCCUUUUCGGUGUUAUGGGCGGACGUGUGUUGUCCUUGUUUGAUGCUUCCUG